UACACUUCAAACUCUUCUAACAAGAUACAAUACCAACUUAAAACACAAUUAAUUAUUCUUUUCAAACACUCCUUAAACAAAAAAAAAAUGAUAAAAUUUAGCAACAAUAGUUGGAAAGAAAUGUCACACUUUACCUCACAAUUAAUCCUUGGUAGAUGGUUCAUUGUUUUUGCUUCACUACUAAUCAUGGCCAUGUCCGGGGCAGGCUACUUAUUCGGUCUUUACUCGAACCAAAUAAAAACAUCAAUGGGUUACGACCAAUCGACACUUAACCUCCUUGGCUUCUUCAAAGACUUAGCCGGAAAUGUUGGUGUCAUUUCUGGCCUCCUCAAUGAGGUAACGCCACCCUGGGUCGUAUUAGCCCUAGGGGCAGCGAUGAAUUUUUUUGGCUAUUUUAUGAUAUGGUUAGCCGUUACGGGCCAUAUAAAAAACGUUCCUGUUUGGCAAAUGUGUUUGUACAUAUACAUUGGUGCAAAUUCUCAAACAUUUUCUAACACGGGGGCGUUAGUUACGUGUGUUAAAAAUUUUCCUGAAAGUAGAGGAAUUGUACUUGGAUUAUUAAAAGGAUUUGUGGGUUUAAGUGGUGCUAUACUUACACAACUUUACCAUGUAUUUUAUGGUAAGGAUUCUAAGGCUUUUAUUUUAUUUAUUGGAUGGCUUCCCGCUCUAGUUUCGCUGAUUUUUAUUCGAUGUGUUAGGUAUAUGAAAGUCGUUAGAGAAAAAAACGAGGUCAAAAUAUUUUAUAAUUUACUUUAUAUAUCUCUUUCUCUAGCGGGAUUUCUUAUGAUUUUAAUUAUAGUGCAAAAUAAUGUUGCUUUCACUAGGGGUGAAUAUUAUGUAAGUGCUUUUAUUAUCAUCUUUCUUCUUUUUCUUCCUAUUGUGAUCAUCGUGAAAGAUCAACGAGAAGUUUAUAAGAGCAAAAACAAAAACAAUCAUAAUGGUGUAAUCCUCGAUGUUAUAGACGACGUUAUGAGAGAAGAGCGACCACAACAAGAAGACGUUGGUAUAAAUGGCGAUCUGCCUAAGGAACAAGUUUCGUGUUGGACUAAAAUAUUCCAACGACCAAACAGAGGAGAUGACUAUUCCAUUUUGGAAGCCUUAUUUAGCUUCGAUAUGAUGUUUUUGUUCCUAGCCACUGCUUGUGGUCUAGGAGGAACCCUAACGGUGAUUGAUAACAUGGGUCAACUAGGGAGAUCCUUGGGCUACCCGACCCAUAGUAUAACCACAUUCCUCUCCUUGAUUAGUAUAUGGAACUACUUGGGUCGGGUCCUAUGUGGGUUUGCUUCCGAAGUUGUCCUAGUAAAGUACAAGUUUCCAAGACCAAUGGUCAUGACGUUAGUCCUACUUCUCGCAUGCAUAGGCCAUCUUCUAAUCGCUUUCGAUGUCCCUAACUCACUUUACGUGGCCUCGAUUAUAAUUGGGUUCUGCCUAGGGGCACAAUGGCCCUUAGUCCUUGCAAUCAUUUCGGAGCUUUUCGGGCUCAAACACUACGCCAUGCUACAUACUUUGGGUGGUCUAGCAAGCCCGGUUGGGUCCUAUGUACUUAAUGUAAUGAUCACAGGUAAACUUUAUGAUAAAGAGGCUUUAAAACAAUUAAGUGCAAAGGGAUUAAAAAGAAAAGUUGGUGAAGAAUUGACUUGUAUUGGUGCUAAAUGUCAUAAAGUCUCUUUUCUUAUCAUUAGCGGGAUCACAUUUUGUGGAAGUUUAAUUUCCUUAAUCUUAGUACUUAGGACUAAAAAGUUUAGAGAUGUUGAAGAUGUUAAGAAGCCCAAGUGUGAGAAAGUGCGUGGUGGACUAGUUUCUUGAGCAUGGCCGAAUCCAGGAUAUUACUAUGAGGAUGGUCCAAUAUUCGUCUCUCUGCAUGUAUAAUGAAUAUCAGUUCCACUGUUAUUUUUUUAUAUGAUAUGUCAGACAAUUUAAUAUUAAUAGUUUUUAAUCGAAUGAGCCUAUAAUCUAGGUAGACUUAAGCCUAGAUUCUCCGCUAUUCCUAGAGAGUUUUCAGUCUACAUACAAUGUAUUUUGAGAGAAGUUAGUCAAUAAUACUUUUAUGUAAUAACUUUUAAUCAAAUUCUAAUUUUU